UACAAAAUUCAUUCAUAGAAGCUGCUUCAAGGCGAGAAGUGUUGAAGAUGAAGAUCACUACAGAAACAGGCGUCACACUUUUGGUGAUAUUCCUUAUGAUUGCUUGGAAUGAUGGCGCUUUGGUCGAUUUCAGACGGCUUUGCCAACCUGAUCAGCAGAAUUUUGGAUUCCGUAAGGACCCAUGGCAAAAUGAAGCCGUUCACUACUGUUUUAUGACGGGGCAUGUUAACGAGGAAUGCAGAGAAAUAAGUGCCUCUGGAGAAUUCAACUGUGGUGAAGAAUUUCACCUGCAAGGUGGACUUGCGGGCCAAAAGGCUCAAUGCUGUAGAAAGUCUGGGUACAGACUAAUUCAUUGCCAAACUUCAGCGAAGACGUUUUCAUUUAGGGACGGGUUUGACAUUAUGUAUGUCAACCGUGCACUACGAAACCUGACCAGUACCCCAACAUCAUCUGACCCAACAGCUUUUCAAGUUGAGUUGUGCGACUUAGAGAAAGAGGAGUCCAAAUGAAACAACGAAAUAUGCACUGUGAGGUGUCAAACUGAAUACAUAUAUCUUAAUCAUCACAGAAAUAUACUAUACACAGGGAAAAUUAAAACCCAAAAGUAAAAGCCGUGUUUAUUGCUUAUUUCUUUCAUAUCUUCCUAUCAGCAGAUAUUAACUCUUAUUAUUGUUAAAUAAUUGCAACUUUUUUUGAAGAAUGUAAUUCCAACUCAUUUUGAUAUUAGAUCAAAUCAUUCCCGUUGUAAAACACGAGAGAAGUUUAACAACAUUGUUUCCUGCACUUAAAAUGUUUGAACAUGUGAAACGAUAUCAUAAAGUAUUUUUACAUCUUAGAAAAAGAUUUAUGCCAUAUCACAGUACUGACUCACAAGUCAAAUAGAAUUUCUAAAUAGAAUUCCAUGAUGUUUAUGCGAAACAUAUUUCUUAUAUGGAUGUAUAUACAUUUCUUUCCAUUAAAAUUAUAUAAGAACA